AUGUCCCAACCUGAACAUUAUCUAUCCGAGCCCAAGGAGUCUGCUGAGUCGCUUUCGGCCAUUUCCUCCGCUCCUUCUCGUGAUAUGGAGGUUAAUGAGUUCCGUGGGGAGGCCGAUGAGAAUGCUGACUUGGAGCGUUCUCCCACAAUGCUACAGAGAGUGCAAACACAGUUGUCUUUCUUUAACGACCGUCUCAAGGAGCCUCGUAAAAGCCUUGCUAUUAGGUACUUAAUGGUGUAUGCGAUUAUGGGGUUCCUCAUUCUCGGUAUCUUCUCCAUCUACUGGGCUACAGGUUUUGAGAGGAAUGAGAGGUACCACCGUCUCCGAAUGUUGGUGGUCAUCGAGGAUGAAAAUGUUGUGGGUGGCACUCAGCCUGUUAUUGGUAACACCUUGAGACAGAUUUUGGAACUGCCUCAGGCUGAAAACCUCGGCGGUUGGUUGAUUCAGGAUAACGCCGAGUUCAAUGAAACUGCCAGCAGUCACGACAACACCAUCUGGGAAGAAGUCAUGCGUCAAGUUCACCAUGAAGAAUACUGGGCUGGUAUCUAUGUCCGUUCUGGUGCUUCGAAUGACUUCAAGAAUGCCAUUAUUAACGGUGAUACUAGUUAUAAUGUCAGCAGAGAGACCGUUAGAGUGUACUAUGAAACUGGUCGUGAUAUGAUGUCCAUGAACUCAUACGUUACACCCAACGUUUUGAGAAUCUCCCAACAGAUGGCCUCCAAUAGCAGUAACGUUGUUACCUCGUUGAUGGAUGGUGAGGAUACCUCAAAUAUCUUCUCGAAUCCAAACUCUUUGUAUGUUGCAUCUACGCCAAUCCAGUUCCUGAUGGAGGACGGUCGUCCAUGGAAUGACCCAGUGUUGUUUGCUCCAUCUCAGGUGGGUCUCAUUUAUGUCAUCAUUCUUACCUUUUUCGCAUUCAACUUUUUCAAUGACAUCCACCUGACUGUUGCACGUUUGGGAAUUAAACCUAUCCACCUUGUGCUUUAUAGAGCUUUGUCAUCUAUCAUGAGUUUCUUUAUCAUCAGUUUGAUUUAUUCCCUUGUCACAUUGGCAUUCCAGGUUGAUUUCACCAAAACUUUUGGUCAUUCCGGUUUCCUUGUAUACUGGAUGACAAACUUCUUGACAAUGUGGGCCGUCGGUGCUAUGAACGAAGUGAUGGCUAUGUGGUGUAUCAUGUUCUAUCCACCACUUCUUGGUUUCUGGAUGUUGUUCUGGGUUAUCAUCAAUAUCUCUCCAACAUUCACACCAAUGGCCAUCUUGCCUAAAUUCUACAGAUACGGUUAUGGUUUACCUAUCCAUGCCUCCUACGAAAUCACAAAGGUUAUUUUCUUCGACACCUACAAGGGUGCCAUGGGUAGAAACUAUGGUAUUUUGGUUGCAUGGGAUGCUAUUGCUACCGUUUUGUUGGUCUUGACUUUCAAGGUUUUCGGAAAGACAAUGGGUGCAAAAGCCAGAGCUGAGAGAGAGAAGAUCAAGGCCGAGGUGAGAGAGGAGGAUAAGCAAAACGAACCCAUAAGCAACAUUCCUAACGAAAGACAGAACUGA